GGUGUGACAAAUGCAUUGUAACAAAGUUUUCAAAAGAUUGACUGUUUACUACAUCUCUUGUCUUUCCCACCGUAAGCUUAACUAAUACUGUGCCUUCAAGGAAACGUAUGCAAACGACAUCAAAUUAUUAUAACGUUGGUAUUGCAGGUAUUGAAUUGAUUAAUAACAUUAAAGGCAUAACCCGGGUCUGAAUAUUUGUCAUAUGAAUCACGGCUAUUGUCACGUGACUGGGUGGAGUCAAGGGCGUGUCUUAUUUCACUACCGUUGACACCCCACCCUGCCUUUAGUGUGAUCUCAAUGUCUGUCUUUCUCAUCAUACUUUUGGCUGGCGUUCUAUCCGUAAACUCAUGUCCAAGUCAAUGUCAAUGCGACAGAACUGCCGUGGAUUGCUCUCACGCAGAUCUCGAUAGUGUUGACUUCAAACUGCCACAUGGGACAACAGAGUUGUAUCUGCAGGGAAACAGACUACAUGAAGUGCCUCUUCGUGCCGUUAGUGAUCUCAAACAUUUGAGAGUAUUAAAUUUAGCUGACAAUAGAAUUUUGAAAGUAGAGAGAGAAGAGUUGGAAUUGCUUGAUCUAGUGGAUAAAGUUAUUUUACAAGGAAAUCCUAUUCACUGCUCGUGUGCAAUUAUUUCAUUUACACUACAGUCACUCAUUUUCUCCACCAGCGAUAACAAAGAAUCAACGUUUAAUGACGUCAUAUGCCACACACCUGACUCACUAGCAGGAAAACCAUUAAAAGAGCUAAAGUUUCUCAGCACAGAAUGUGGUCAUGAGAGAAUCGUCCGAAAUGCAGACCAAAACACAACUGUCUCUCCAGAUCUACCAACAAAUGCAACUGCUGCAUCUGCUUCGAUUUCAACCAAUGUUAGUGGAAUGACUACCAGUCCAACUCUUAUCAGUACAACCACUUUAAACGGAGCCGCCUCUACUACAACUACCAGUGGGAUCACCACUACAGCAACCGCUAGUCCAACCACCCUUAAAUCUACUACUGCAACCAUUACUGGUCCAACUGCUUCCGUAGCAGCCAGUGGUUCAACCACUUCCAUUGCAACUGCUGGUUCAACCACUUCCAUUGCAACUGCUGAUUCAACCACUUCCAUUGCAACUGCUGAUUCAACCACUUCCAUUGCAACUGCUGGUUCAACCACUUCCAUUGCAACUGCUGAUUCAACCACUUCCAUUGCAACUGCUGGUUCAACCACUUCCAUUGCAACUGCUGGUUCAACCACAUCCAUUGCAACUGCUGAUUCAACCACAUCCAUUGCAACUGCUGAUUCAACCACUUCCAUUGCAACUGCUGGUUCAACCACUUCCAUUGCAACUGCUGAUUCAACCACUUCCAUUGCAACUGCUGGUUCAACCACUUCCAUUGCAACUGCUGGUUCAACCACAUCCAUUGCAACUGCUGAUUCAACCACUUCCAUUGCAACUGCUGGUUCAACCACUUCGAUUGCAACUGCUGGUUCAACCACUUCCAUUGCAACUGCUGGUUCAACCACUUCCAUUGCAACUGCUAGUCCAGCUGCCUCCACUGCAACCACUGGUCCAGCUACCUCCAAUGCAACUACUACUCUCGCCUCUUUCAGUGCAACCAUUAAACCAACCACUUUCAACGCAACGUCUGGUUCUGCCACUUCCAAUGCAACCAUUGGUACAACCCUUUUUAAUGGGACCACCAUUCAGUCAACAUCCAGCAGUUUUUCUGAAGUUCUUACAACAGCAGCGAGAGCCUCUACAAUCAGGACUGUAACCAGUGGGCCCAAUGAUCCGGAAGAGGAGGUUGAUUUCCCUCGGGAAACGAUUGCUAUUAUUGUUAUUUGCGCUGUGGCCCUCCUUGUCUUGUGGACAGUCAUGAUUAUCUGGCUCGUAGUAGCAGUUGUCAGAAAACGGGAGAAUAAAGACAACAAAAAGGCGAAAAGCUAUUGGGAAUCUGUUAGCUCUUUAGAACGAAAGGCAGGUCAGCAGCACAAGAAACCAAGCAGAGCAGCAGUAUCCGGAGAGGAGUUGACUGAUGCUCAAGACUGGGGAUGGCCAUCUUCAGUCUAGUCCGUUAUGUGAUUCUUUUCUAACCAAUUUCUGUUCAACACGAACUACAGUAGGGUAUUCUAGUGAAGACGCAUUGCUAUGGAGAUGUAGCUAGCGGUUUGUCUCAUUUGUUGGUUGUCUUCGUAGAGCUCGCUUUGCACCGACCGCUAGCUAGAAAAAUAGUUGCUGUAAUUUAUCACAAAAGUUGUUAGAAAUUUGCUUUGAUUGAAUUAAAAAUUAGA